AGUUCUGGGUGGACUUCUUUGAACACUCAAGUGCACUAGCCAUCACUGCAUCCUCGGCAAGAACCCAACACAGACGAAACAUGAGCUUCACAGUCGAAGAGAGGGGAAACCCCAAUACAUUGAGCUAUCGUUUGUUUUUCAGUAAGUAUGGUUAACUUAAUGGAAAUAUAGCUUAAGCUAGUUUAGUUACUAGCUAGCUAUAAUACGGUCCAUUGUGGAUUUCCCGGCUUACUAGUGGGAUCGGGUCCCACCUCCCACGUGUCACUUUUAUUCAUUCAUUUCGCGUUGGUUUUAUACUCCUAAUGUCAAGUUCAAGUGUAGAUUUCACACGUAUUGGCACCUAAGGAUCGUUUAGUAUAUGCAUGUAUCAGCGCUUUGACCUUUGCUCCCCAUUUGAGUUGAGGAGACAGAUACAGUAGCUAGCAAUUGAAUGUUUCUGGACAUGAAUUAGACUUACCGGUAUCAGGAUCCAAUUCAGCUGUGUUAGAUUUAUUCUGUCAUAGUGGUAUUUCUGAUAUUAGUUAGCAAGUAUUGUUGGGAUACCACACCAGCAACCUCGAUAAAUAAUAUUUUAGCUACUGUACGUGUGGGUUACGCCCAGUUUCAGUUUCUAAGAUCAAGACUAGGCUUCAAGACCUGUCAAACAAGUUUCUCAUGUAACUAGUGUUAUCCUGAAUGUAUCUUUGUUCAAAUGUGAUGUAGCAGUCUUUCAUAUUUGUUGCAUACAGUGCAGCCUUUGUGAUUGCGCACUUAAUUACCAUUACAAACGGUUGGAACUACUGUGUCCGAAAUGGCACAAUAUCCACUAUCCAUUAGGGAUCGGCAUGAGUACUUGAGUACUCAAACGGACGUCAAAGCUUGACCUUUAACCAAAGAUUUAAAAAAAGAAUCCAAUACUGUAAAACUAUUUAGUGGAAUGUGCUUUGUGGCUGCCCAAACGGGUGACAUUUUGUCUUCCAUUUGUGUAUUGGCGGGGCACAACAAAAAAGAAACCAUGCCAAGCAUUGUCCCUUUUAGCUCAGUUGGUAGAGCAUGGCGUUUGCAAUGCCAGGGAUGUGGGUUCGUUUCCCACGGGGGACCAGUAUGGGGAGAGAAAAUGUAUGCACUCACUAACUGUAAGUCGCUCUGGAUAAGAGCGUCUGUUUAAAUGACUAAAAUGUAAAUGUAAAAAAAUUGUUAAUUGCAUCAUGAAUAUCAUGUGUAAGUGGUUGAUUACAGACAUUUACCCACACACUAAAGUUAAAGGUCACUCAUGUUCUCCCAUUCUCAUUAUGUAUGUUGUCUGUUCUCUGUAGAAAAUGCUGAUGGAAAGUAUGUCUCCCCAUUCCAUGACAUACCUAUGUAUGCUGAUGAGAGCCAGGUAAAGUAUGUCACCUUUAUCCUGCUACAACGCUCCAUUACAUAACACACACACACUGAAUGGAGAUGGGAUAUCUAUUCAACUGCUUCUUUAUAGAAAGAUACCCACUUAGUCUAACGUUUGAAUCCAUGGUUAAAGCUGCAAUAUUUAACUUUUUGGGUGACCUGAUCAAAUGCACAUAGAAAUGUGAGUUGUAGAUAUGUAAUUCUCAUUGAAAGUAAGUCUAAGAAGCGGUAGAUAUUGUAACGACCCUGGGUUUAUAAGCGCGGAUAUCGACUCUGCCACGCGAGCAUGCUUUUGGGGCACAGUCGAUGGCUCGCUGGACUUCGGGCUAGAAGGUUGAGGGUUCGAGACCUGCUCCCUGCCUGUUUCAUUACCAUAUGGUUUUAUGUGCUCUAUUUCUAUGCUUCUCAUUAUUAAGUUUCAUUUUUACUUUCGGUUUUGGUACAGGAGCUCAAGCAAACAUAUUAAAGAAAGGAGGAGAUAGGAAUCCCAUUGGGCAAUGAAUGAAAGACGUAUAACGCCCCGCCCAUCAGACUGUUGACUAAUCGCGUUCGUUGUUAUGCAGCGUCGCGCGUUGAGAAACCUGCCUAUUUUCCUCGAAAGUGCGUAAUGUCACGAUUCCAACGCUAUACGAUAUUACAGAUAACAAGUUAAUUAUCUCACAUCUCGGAAAACAUUUGUAAUGUUGUACUUCUUGUUGACGAAAUUCAUGUUAAACUUGUGUUUUGAGCUAGCGCCCAAUUGACUCACAUUCACUCCUUGGAGGAGAGCGCGCUUUUUCCCAGAAUCACCCAGAAUGCACCGCGUGGUCCUUUGACGACGCAUUGGCAACGUACACAAUGGGGGUUCAUACGAUUCCAAUGGUGUUUCCCAUCUCCUCAAAAGUAUGUCUGGCUCAAGUAUGGGUAGCUGCAGCCCAAUAUGGCGACCGGAGUAUAAACAAGUGGGUGAGUCUAAAGGAGUAGGUGUAUGGAAAGCAAAUCAGCUAACACGGGGCACAGUGCCCUUCGCUCCCGCAUCUUUCACAGCAAAGAAAGACCGAGCUAGAGAUGGGAGGGGCACAACCAGGCAUAGAUAGGUAGGCAUGUCGGCCACCAGGCAGACCGUCAGAACCGUGCAUCGGUAUUCAAAAUAUGUAGGCUAUAGGCUAUCGCAAUGCUGUAUUUAGCAAUUUCUUGGAUUGCAAUGUCUUGCGCAAGUUCACUAAAGUAGGGUCUAUCAAAGAGUAUGCAGAGCAAUUCUACACGUAACAGACCGAAGAUCAAACACGUUUUUCAUAGUGAAGAGAAAGGGGAGCAUGCGAGGGAGAGUGAGGAUAGGGGCAGGCAGGGAGACGAUCAGUGGCGCAGUGGUCAAAGGCACUGCAUCGCAUCGCAGUGCUAGCUGUGCCACUAGAGAUCCUGGUUCGAAUCCAGGUUCUGUCGUAGCCGGCCGCGACUGGGAGACCCAUGGGGCGGCGCACAAUUGGCCCAGCGUCGUCCAGGGUAGGGGAGGGAAUGGCCGGCAGGGAUAUAGCUCAGUUGGUAGAGCAUGGCGUUUGCAACGCCAGGGUUGUGGGGUUCGAUUCCCACAGGGGGCCAGUAUGAAAAAAAUAAUGAUGUAUGCACUCACUAACUGUAAGUCACUCUGGAUAAGAGCGUCUGCUAAAUGACUAAAAAUGUAAAAAAUGUAAAUCAGAACUGUGCCUAUGGGCUAUACCAGUGGUUCCUAACCUUUUUUGGUUACUUUACCACCAACUGAAUUUUGCUCUGCCGGAGUACCCCUUAAGUACCCCCUCGUGCAUUUUACCAGUAGGCCUAUGGUCUCAUGAGUCUUCUCAAGUACCCCCUGUGGAUAGGCCAAGUACCCCCAGGGCAGGGGUCCUAGGACCCCUGGUUGGGAACCACUGGGCUAUACUGUAUCUUGGUCAUCUGUAUCUAGCAAUGCCACGUAAAUUCACCAAAAGUAUAUAUUAGGCUAUCAAUGAGUAUGGCUAAGCCAUUCUUCAUAGUGCCAGUGAAUUGAAGUUAAACAUCGCCAAAUGCAUCAGUUUAAUGAGGCCUAAAUGUGCAAUAACAGUAUUGCCUAUAACUUAUUUAAUGAAACCCUGGCUGGCUGUUGAUGUCCUAGGUCAGGGCUCUCCAACCCUGUUCCUGGAGAGCUACCUUCCUGUAGGUUUUCGCUCCAACCCCAGUUGUAACUAACCUGAUUCAGCUUAUCAACCAUCUAAUUAUUGAAUCAGAUGCGCUAGAUUAGGGUUGGAGUGUGAACCUACAGGAUGGUAGCUCUCCACAAACAGGGUUAGAGAGCCCUGUCCUAGGCAAUAGAUUGCAAAGCAGCAUCCCCGCUGAACUUUUUGGAAAUGGCAAGUUCACUUUGUCAUCCAUAAACAGUCAAGUGCAAAUACGGUUCAGCAGCUCAAAUCAGCAGGAUGUGGGGGGGCAUUGUUAUUAGGAAGGACGUCUACCAUGGAUGGAUCGCUAAAAUAAUGAAUAUGAUCACACUUCAUCAAUUUCAAUAUUAUGGGGAGACCUAUACCAAGUAGCCAAGCACGAGUUGUCAGUGUAGCCUAUUAUCAUCCAGACAUGACGUUGAAAUAUCUUCACAACUACAAUAAAAACUUCCAGGCUUCCGUCAUAAGAGAAUUCAAUUUGAAGAAAAAAAUGAAUUACAGGGGGCAGUUUGGAAAAACGGAUCCUGUGUGAAUCGUCCUCUGGAAUAACGCAUAUGCUUGGAUAAUAAUUACAAAACCAACGUCUCUAGUAAUACCCGUCCGAAUAGGGCUAUAACAUGGCAAAGAAUACGUUUUCAGCGUAGAGUGCGCCACAUCAUCCCAUGGGAUAUCGCUGAAAUAGUAUUUCUAUAUUCAAACAAAAUAGGCCUUUUUAUAGGCAAAUGGACAGCAUCAUGCUCAUGUCAGUCCUCUAGAACGCAAAUGUAGUCUUCCUAGUAGGACCGCAAUAAUGAGAUGGUGUUUGUGUGUGCGCAUCCGUUUCAGCGUGUUUUGGGAUUCGAGCAAGAGUCUACUCCUACGACUCUACCUACAGGAGUCGGAGUCGAGCAGGAGUCGACUCCUUUCGACUCUAAUCACAGGAGUCGGAGUCGGAGCCAACUCCAAAAAUCCUGAAGAGGUGCACCACAAAAACAAAAACUAAAUCAAAACCCCUAUUUUCCUUUCGACACACCCAUUCGCCCAUACUCCGGUCGCCAUAUUGGGAUGCAGCUACCCCCUUCUCCACCAGCUUCAACCAGCUGAAUAUACAAUGAAAAUAUAUUUCACAGCAGUUUAGAUGGUACAAUGAUUCUCUACACUAUCGCUUGUCUUGUCACAUAGGCCGCCUAAUUUCAGUUUAUUCGAAUUUUAGCAACCAGGAAAUGGUAGAGUGAUUUCUGCGUAUUGCCCCUUUAAAGAUGUAAUUGAGUUGUUGUAUCUCCAUAACAUUCUUGGUCGGAAUUGUUUGUAAUGUAUUCAUUUUUGCUCCCUAUGCGUGUGGGAGAGUAGGAGUAGCGCCAGCAAGGUCAUAGUCUGUUUGUAAAAGCAAUGGUCUUUACCACUUCAACACUGAACUCUUUAAUCAUUGGGCAGUAACUCUGGAUGACCUAUUGUCUUAUCUCUCUGGAGUAAUAUAGCAGCCUUUCCUUUCCUCCAACAUAUCCAUAGGCAUAAAUAAAUUAUUCCUGGGUAUAUUAAUAUUAUGAUAUGUGACAAACAGGGACACAAGUACGAAAAUGUAUGCACUCACUACUGUAAGUCGCUCUGGAUAAGAGCUUCUGCUUGAUGACUAAAAAGUAACUGUAACAACAACAGAAAAUCUAGGAACUUUGGAAAGUAAAAAUGUCCAUGGUUGUUAUGCUCAGUUUGUGUACACAUUUUACAUUUACAUUUGAGUCAUUUAGCAGAUGCUCUUAUCCAGAGCGACUAACAGUUAGCUAGGUGGGACAACCACAUAUCAUAGUCAUAGUAAGUACAUUUUUUCCCCUCCAAUAAAGUAGCUAUCGGCAAAGUCAGAGCUAGUAAGGGGGAAAAAAGUCAAGUGUGAGUGUUAGUUCAGAAAAUGUUUUUCUUGUUGGGGGGGCUGAGGAUUAUUUAAGAUGCUCUUCGAAGAGGUAGGGUUUCAGAUGUUUUCGGAACAUGGGCAGGGACUCUGCUGUCGUAGCUUCAGGGGGAAGCUGGUUCCACCAUUGGGGUGCCAGGACAGAGAAGAGCUUGGCCUGGGCUAAGCGGGAGCUGCCCUUCCAUAGAGGUGGGAGGGCCAAGAGACCCGAGGUGGCAGAACGGAGUGCUCAGGUUGGGGUGUAGUGUUUGAGCAUAGCCUGAAGGGAGGGAGGGGCAGUUCCUCUUACUGCUCCGUAGGCAAGUAACAUGGUCUUGUAUUGGGUGCAAGCUUCGAUUGGAAGCCAUUGGAGUGUGCGGAGGAGCGGGGUGACAUGGGAGAACUUGGGAGGAUGGAACAACAAGCAGGCUGCAGGGUUCUGGAUAAGUUGCAGCGGUUUGAUGGCACAAGUGGGGAGCUCAGCCAACAGCGAACAAGCACACAUUUGUUUACUACUAGUGAAGUAUGACUCAUUGCUUUCUUCUCUUUCAGAACAUUUUCCACAUGGUUGUUGAAGUACCAAGAUGGACAAACGCAAAGAUGGAGGUAGGUUCACCUUGAUUGAUUUUAUUAGCCAGUUAAAAACAAUACAUAUACACACAGUACAUGCAUUUUAAAAACCUGUAUCCAUUUGUCACUUAUCAGAACAAUUCAAGCAUUAUUUAGCCAGAUAAGUCUGGCUUUUACGAUAACUACCUGGGGCCUGUUUCCCGGACACAUGCUUUUGAGCAUGCUUUUUUUGAAAUCCUGGCUAGUCAAGCAAAAUAAGACACAAGAUAAUGUUUGGCUUUUCUACUUUCAGAUUGCGACCAAAGACCCCCUGAACCCGAUCAAGCAGGAUGUGAAGAAGGGGAACCUGCGUUACGUCGCCAAUGUUUUCCCCCACAAAGGCUACAUCUGGAACUAUGGAGCAAUACCUCAGGUCAGACAGUCACUAACCUGUCACCAAGCUGCACGUGGUCUGAAAUACAGGCCUGUGACUGUACAUUUACAAGAGUUCAACAUUUACAAGACUUUUGGCAUUCCAACAUAAGCCUUGUAGUGUGUCACUGUUUCUGCAUUCAAACAUGUUACAAUGCAGACUAACAAGUUUGUAGAAGCAGACCGACGCUAUAUGUCCAACUCAAUUAAUUGAUCACCUAGAAUUUACUUGGCCAUGAUUGCCUAGUUCUCUGUUGUCAUAUGAACUAAAUAUCACAAUCUCUUUUGACUGUGAUAUUUCUCUUUCUCGAUAGACUUGGGAGGACCCCGAGCACAAAGAUGGAGACACUGACUGCUGUGGUGACAACGACCCCAUUGACGUCUGUGAAAUCGGUACCAAGGUACAGCACUUGUUCUUUAUCCUCUAACUACUAUUAAACUUUGGAGCCGUUUUAAGGUCUUGAUAUUGUUUCUUCCAUUCAAUCUCUGCCAUUCCUACAUGCCUAAGGUGUCAUUCAAAGCAGCAUUUUGUCACCUAAGUAAGGUGUCCAAUUUCGAAAAGUAUGCCCAACAAUUUUGCUGGGUUUGUUACUACAUCAGCUGCCUGUACUGAUUUUGUGUUGUGAGCUUCAUUUAUGGUUUAUGGUGAUGAAAUGCACUUUCCUCCGGCAUGUGAUCUGCUUUUUGACUAUCAUUGAAAUUGACCUAUCCCCAUAUCAAUAUCUUACUUUUCUAUGCUGUACUGAUCAUACAUCUGCCUCCUCUCCAGGUGUGUUCGUGUGGUGAGGUGAUCAAGGUGAAGGUACUGGGGGUUUUGGCCAUGAUCGACGAGGGGGAGACAGACUGGAAGGUCAUAGCCAUCAACGUGGAGGACCCUGAAGCUAAGGACCUGAACAGUAAGCAUUGGAGGAGCUGGAUGUGGACUAAACAGAGAAAUAUCCCUAAUAUAACAGGCCAUUCCUUAAUACUGCCCAUUAGCCCAGUCACUGCAUAUAGUAGUACUGGAAUAUGAUUGCUCAAGUGAAGAAUGCAGUCAUUGAACAAUUGUUUUCCCAAGUGUGUGCGUGUGUAUUCCUAUUGCCACAGUCAUCUGCAAGUGAAAAAUGCAAUGAUUCAAUGUUUUUCCAAAUGUGGGUGUGUGUGGCUGCGUGCAUGUGUGAGUCUAUUCCUAUUGCCACGGUCAUCCCCCCUCCUUUUCACUCACCUGUCGCCCUAUCCUGUGUAUCUCAGACAUCGGUGACAUCCAGAGGCUGAAGCCAGGUUACUUGAAGGCCACAGUGGACUGGUUCAGGAGGUACAAGGUACCAGACGGGAAACCAGAGAACCAUUUUGCCUUCGACGGAGAGUUCAAAGACAAGGUAUCCAUCUUGUACCCCAUACACAGGAGUUUGUGUUCUGUAAACCUUUGGCCCGAGCCAGAAUGGCUCAUCUCCUCUUUCUGUAGUGUUUGACAAGGUAUUGUAGCCUUGAAGUUGCCACAGCCUUGUGUUACAGUAGCUACAUCCACCCUCAUCAACAUACUUUUCAUUUUAUCUAUUUACCUUGUACCACGUCUACCCUCAUCUAAAACCGCUUUUUCAAUCUAGAUACAUGGAUAGUCGUUUAGCCUGGAUGCCAGUCUGUCUGCAAUAGCCAUGUUAAUAUGCCAGUGUAGAAAUGUUGCAUUGUUGAAUGCAGAAACAGUCUGGUACCAAGGCUAGAUUGCGUUGGCCAAAUAGAGGCAAAUUCAAGAGUUUGUGUUGUACAAGAACUUACAUUUAUUUUGCAAGACCCAAAGGGUUGUAUUAUCCUGUUGCAACAUAGUGUGUCCCUGAGGAUGCAUGAAACCUUUUCACAAUAUACAGUGUCCAUUGAAGUUCAAUAGUAACUUGUAAGAAACUUGUUUUAAAGUGAUUGGUUCAGCUAAAAUACAGAAAUACAAAGGGCUGGUUUCACGGACACAGAUUAAGACUAUCCUGGACUAAAAAGCACUCGCAUUUGGGAUUCUCCAUUGAGUUUGCAUUUUCCAGGAGUAGGCUUAAUCUGUGUCCGGGAAACCACCCCAAACUGUAUGUUUCCUUGCCCUACAACAGCCUUAGCUCUGUGUGUUUCCUUGUCAGGAAUUUGCAAUUGAGACAAUCAAGAGCACCCAUGGCUUCUGGAAAGCACUUAUCUCUCAGAAGACCAACUCUGGAGGACUCAACUGGUGAGGAGAGCAUACACGAUUUACAAUCCUCGUACAGUACAAUACCUAGAAAACUGGCAUUUGUUACAGUCCCAUCAUUUCAAUAUCAUUACUGUAAAUUAGAUCAGUCUUUAAAGGCCCAAUCCGUAAUUCCAACAUGUAAGCCCCGCCACUUAAUUUGUGAAAUUAGACCUUACUUCUGAAGAACUACAGCAGCAAGCAAGAACUUGUUUGAAUCUGAAAUACAUUAUUAAUGAAUACAUGACUGAUGUGACUGUUUUUCUCCAAUCCUGCAGUAAAAACACGUGUGUGUCGGCCGGCGACAGCCCCUUCUGCUGCUCCACGGACGAGGCCAAGGCUGUCAUAGAAGGGGUCAGUACCUUCUGCUUCUCUAUGGCUAGUUUCUAGAACUUCAGGGUCGGGUCAGAGCUCUCCUUUAGAACUUCAGGGUCGGGUCAGACCUGUCUCCUUUAUGUGCUGUGCUCUUAACUGCUGGGGUCAGUAGCUAUUUCAAGUAAAAUAGAGAAGUUCAAAGUGCAUUUCAAGGAUGAAACUCGCUUCUGUUGAUGGGGUAGUACUUCAAAUCAAAAUGAGCAAUUGCAAGGAUUGUAACGUUCUACACAUACGUACCUCCUCCUACAUGCAUCUAUUGUGGUCAAACAUGUUUAGCCUACACAUUUAUAAAUUGCUCAAUUGGACCAUCCAAUUAUGUGUAUUUAUUUAUGUUUGUAUUUUUUGGGAUAAUAUUUUUUUUAGACAAGCCCUUGUGGAACCGAAGAUCCUAUCCCCUGCUCAGGUAUGUCUCUCAAAAUAAUUUUUACCUCAAGAUUGAGAAACGUGUACUAUGAAUAUACUUUGUUGUAUUGAAUAUCGUGUGAAUGUGUUGGACGUGCGCUGACAAUGCAAUUGUUAUUUGUUUUUAUGCUGUUAAUUCUGCCUAUUUGCUUGAACUUAUAAUAAAAACUGAUCUAAAUUGAUCAACAAAAUUUAACUCUCACUGUUCAUAAUGGUCCUUGAUAUGAUCAUAUAUUUAUGGAUUGGAUCCUGCAUUGACUCAGAUAUUUAUUUGACAUAUUGUAAACCUCCCACUCUUUAUGGUCAUUUUAUGACCAACCUGGAAUGAUAGGAAAGAACUGCAUGGUUGUACACACAUUUUAUUUUAUGACUGUCAAUUCCAUUGCUAUUCAGGAAGUAAGCUAAGAUUCCAAUAAAUUUUUUCGUCAGUGGGGAAAAUUGGAAUUUCAAUUUACUAAUGGAAUUGACCCAAUGGAUUCAGGUGGAUUCACUUGACUUACUCUGUACACAUCUAAUCAUGUGAUUUUUCUAUUUCCAGUGGAUAAAUGGUUCUACUAUGAGAAGGCGUAACUUUAAGAUGAUGACUCAAUGGACCAGAAGUGUCUCACCUGUUUAGCAAGCGUACUUGAAGAUAAUAGACUUAAGGACAGUUGUGGCUGAGAAAGAAUAGACUCUUCUUCGUACUCAGAAGAUAAGCGACGAUGGGACAAAAAUAGUUAAAUAAUGUCUUAGGAAAUGUAUUGUUACAGUUAUUUAACGAAGGUCUCAUUGGAGAUGUGCUGUCGAACAGAUAGUACUGGUAGUGUACUUCCUAUAGCUAGCAACUCAUGUACUGUGUGGGAUCAUCUUAAUUGUUUUAAUAAAGCUUUUUCUGUAAAACAACAAUACUAUGAUGGUUUUGUUGGAUAAUGUAAAAAAAAAAAUUUAUAACAACCUUCAAUAUUUUAUUUGGUCUGACAUUAUUUUGUAGAAAGUUAUACUCUGUUACCCAGCUGACAUGUAGAUGAGGGCUGAUAUGGUUACACUUUGCUAGAACAGUCGGAACACUGUACUGUGGAAAACGCACGUUUGUAUGUUGUGUUCUUCUGCCAUCUAGUGGUAAUGUUCUAUACCACAGCGCGCUUCCUAAUUAUGUCAUUCUCUGCAUAGCUGUGCGUGCUACAAUAAAUUGUAUGUGUAUUUUUAGGUUUUAAAAAUAUAUAAACUUUGUUUUGAUGUGAGAUUCUGAGUUCAUUGUCUCAAAAUAAAAUGAC